UCUAGUGACUCCUAGGACUUUGCCCAGUUAGACACUUAUGUAUUACUAAAUACUGGUGCAUUAUAAAAUAUAGUUAACCAAAUAAAGAAAACAAGUCAGUUACAAACUAACUAGUAGUUUCUAAUGCCCUAAUGUGAAAUGUAUGCCUCAAUUUAAGGACGACUGAACAGGUGAAACUGUCCCAUGUGGUUGUUAUUGGCUGUGUCAUAUUCUGGAGGGAGGAGUUGUUUACUUAAGCUUCUAGUGAAAUGAAAAUUAACAGCCUGAAAUGAAAGGGUGGGGUGUGAGGGAAAGAUAAAGUAGGUUUCGCAAUAUCUCUCCAACAGUAGUGCAAAGUCCAGUUUACAGUGUUUUAGAAGUAGAGACUGCCUGCUUCUUUACAAUCACUGUCAGAAUUUUGUUCAGUAUUAAGUGUUUCUACUAAGAACUGAAUUCAAUCAUGGCGGAUGAUUUGUCCUUUCUGGAAGAGGAUUUGACCUGUCUCGUCUGUUGUGAUAUCUUCACCGAUCCGGUCACUCUGCAAUGUAGCCACAGUUUGUGUGAGGAAUGUCUCCAGCUUCUCUGGACGACUCAGGACGUGCCGCAGUGUCCGGUCUGUCACGAAGAAUGCUCUCACAACGACAAACCCACCAAGAGCCUGGAGUUCAGAGCGCUCUGUGAGUCCUUCAAGAAGAGAAAACCCACAGCUGUUUCAGGAGAUGUUUGUCCAGAACAUAAAGAGGCUCUCAAACUCUUCUGCUUCGAGGACCAGCAGCCCAUCUGUGUCGUCUGUUACACAUCAAAGAAGCAUGAAAAUCACAAGUGUUCUCCUCUCGAGGAGGCUGUAGGGAAUUUAAAGGGAGAUCUCAAGACACAGAUGGACAGGCUUCAGACGACACUCGCUGACCUCAAGAAAGACCGUGAGAGCCGCGUGAAACAGGCUGAGCUCAUUAAGAAACACUCCAUUAUAACAGAAAACCAAAUCAAGGAGGAAUUUGAGAAGCUCCAUCAAUUUCUCACAGAGGAAGAGAAGAAACAGAUCAGUUCCUUGCGCAAAAAAAUAGAAUCUCAAGAUAAGAAACUCAAGGCCAGAAUAGAAAAGUUGUCCAAACAGAUAUCGGAUCUGUCUGAGAGGAUGGCAGCCUUCUGCCAGGACAUGGAAGCUGAAAACAUCUCAUUUCUCCAGAAUUACAGCAAUACAAUAAAAAGACUCAAAUGCCCAUCAGUACCAAACAGGACCCCUGUAUUACAGCAAUAUCAGCACCAUCCCAUUCAGACAAUGAUCUUCACCACCUGGGCCAGAAUGCAGAACCUUGUGGAACAGCCUCCUGUGACUCUGGAUCCAGACACAGCCUCCAAUAAACUCCAGGUGUCAGAGGAUUGCACCUGUGUUCGGUAUGUAGAAAUGAAACUGCGGGUGUCUGAUAACCCAGAGAGGCUGCAUGGGGGGGUGCUGGCCUCACAGGGCUUCAGCUCAGGUGUGCACUGCUGGGACGUAGAGGUGGGUGAGAGCAACAACUGGACACUGGGAGUGAUGGGGGAAAUGGUGAGCCGCAAAAAACUUUGCAAAAUGGAUCCAAAAAAGAGAUUCUGGUGUUUUCGUAAUGUGGAUGGUAAAUAUAAGAAAGGAACAAAACCUGUCAGCGAUAUCGAUGGCAAUGAGAGGCCAAAUAUCAUCCGAUUGCAGCUGGACUUUGACGAAGGAGAGCUGAGAUUCAUCGACCCGUUCAGAAACAGUAGUUUGUGCACCUACUCGGGUGGAUUUCCGGAGAAAGUGUUUCCAUAUUUCUGCACUGGAGAUCUGGACACACCACUGAGUCUUUUCCCAGCAAAUAAACAAAAAGUCUAAACCAAAACUAACAUAACAUUUUUAUUUUUUUACACAUGAUUAAAUAAGUGAAUGCUAAACACCGUAGAUAGCCAUGAGUGCAUGUUAUGUUUUGUCCAUUUGUCCAUCUUUAAAACAAAAAGACGUUUGAUUUUUUAAAAUGAAAUGACAAUUAUAAAUAUACUAUGGCUUAAGUGUCCAAAUACUUUUUCAUUCCACUGUAUGUCCAGUAAUGUGAUUAUUUAAUCAUGCAAUGUUUCUAUAUAAAUGAUGAUGCAUUAAUAAGGCAGAUUUGAAUGUGAUUAUCGAUGUAAAAAGCAAUAAAGACUAUUUGGUGUACCAGUGUGAUACUACUGAAUUUCAAGUGAAAUACAGUGUGGUGAUGUAACCUCUGCCAGCUGAUUGGUCCAAAGUAA